CCAUAUCUAUACAGCGCAACCAUGUCUCAGGAUGCCGUCCACAGGGGCCCGACGUCCAACCCUCCGGACCCGAGCCGGUCGGCGGUACAGCCCGAUCGCCGCUACUCGUUCGGCUUCGCCCUGUGGCGUGGCAAGAAGCCCAGCACUGACGAAGAGGGCACACAGGCCAAGACCACGGAGUCGCGGACGCAGACGAUGCGCGGCCUCGACACGGGCUUCUUCCUUCCCGAGGAAGCCUGGCGCUCGGACAACAUCGACCGGCUCAACCGCACCACGCUGCCCACGGACAUGACGCCGCCGUUUCGGCGCUACGAGCGGACGCUGACGUUGAGAUACCUGGAGGAGGACGUGUCCACGUUGAGCAACGAGGAGUAUCUCUCGUCCCAGACUCUCAGCAAGCUGCGCCUGGUGCUCGGAUGGCUGGCGCUCCUGGCACCGCUACCGCUGCUCAUGCAACCCGCACCGGCCUUCCACUGCCUCUACGUGGUGGUCACGACAAGCUUGCUGUGGAUCUUGCGCCCCGUGCCUCUCUGCGUGGCCGCCCUCUUUCCCGUCGUCGCCCUGCCGCUCAUCGGUGUCCUCAGCACGGAAACCGUAUGCGGGCUCUACUUCAACGAGAGCAUCCUGCUGUGCCUAUCGAGCUCUCUGAUGGCGGCGCUCGCUCAGCGACAGGGAUUACAGCGCUGGCUCACCGUCACCUGCUUGCGCUGUCUCGGGGGAAGCCUGCGCUGCCUGCUCUUUUCCCUGAUGUCGACGACUGCACUGUGCGCUAUGCUUUUGAGUGCGCCGGCGGCCGCCUACGGAGCCAUACCCUUAGCCGAGACGCUGGCCAAGGAGUUCCAGCGAAAGCCGCCGCAGACUUCCCCAGCGGUCGCUGCAGUCGGUCAGGUCAACGACCCUGAUCCAAAUCCUGGUUUCGGUGGGCAGUCAGUGGAUGACUUCUCCAUGGGCGAAGAGCGUGCCGACAGCGUUCGGAAGGUUCUCCUGAUCGCUGUGGUUCUGUCCGCCAUCAUGAGCGCCCCUGCAUGUCUCACCGGAGCCUCGGCGAACAUGUUCCUCAAGGGUUUCCUCGAAAUUGAAGGAUACCACAGUAUGGUCACGUUUUCGAACUGGGUCACAGCCAACGCCAUCUGCGCUGCCGCCAACAUCAUGGGCCUGUGGCUGUUCUUCGUUUUCCUAUACGUUCGAAAGAUCGAAAGACAGGAACCAGGUUUCCAGGAGACCGUGAGCAACGCCGUUCGCGCUGUCAUUUCGACGGGAACCGAACACGUGAAGCCCCGAGAAGGAGUCGUGAUUGUAAUAUACGCCGCUGUCGUCCUGAUAGUGUACUUUGAGUGGUCAGACUACGGACUUGGCUUGGCAAAGUUUCUUGGCCUCACGAAAUGGAUCGACGAAACGACACCGUUCGUCACUUCGCUCAUCCUGGUACUCAUCAUAUUGCCGUCGGUGACGUCCAGCGGCUACGACAGAAUCGCGUUUUGGUCUGAAAUUGAAAUGGCGAUACCGUGGAGCACUCUGCUCGUCAUGGGUUCGGGAUUCGCUCUGACGAAGGCAAUGCAGAAGACGUCCCUUGUGUCCUUCCUGUCGUCGAGCGUCCCGACGAGGCCGCAGCUGUCUCUCAACUUCCUGCAGGUGGUGCUGUGCAUCGUGGUCUCCAUAGCAGCCGAGCUUAGAGGCGGCGUCGCCCUCUGCUGCGUCGUCUCGCCCUUCGUUCUCAAGCUGUGCAAAUCAUUUCACUGGCAUCCCCUGAGCCUUCUUAUACCGGUCACCUUGUGCUGCUCCAUGGGGCUCUUCUUCUCGGUGUCCUCGCCGGCCAACAACCUGCUCAUGGCCAAGGAGCGCAUCAACCUCAGCAACCUGGCUGUGUCCGGUCUGUUCGCCCACCUCAUUUUUGUGACGACGGCCAUAACCAUGACGAACAGCGUAGCCCCGACCGUGUUCAAUAUAACCGCUCAGCCGAUGAGAGCGAAUCCGUGAGCCUCACGGAAUUAUGGAUGAUGUGUUUUCACAUAAAAACAGUGGGUUUCAGCUUGU